CAAUUUUCUAUGCAUUCUUCGCGUAUUUCGGCUUGCGCAUAUUAAUUACCAUGAAAAUGUCUGAAUCUGAGAUUUCAAACGUAAACAAAAAUUUGGAUACAAACGAAACAACUAAUAUGAAAAAAAAAUCAGAAACUGACACCAAACCUUCAGUGAAUCAAGAUGAAGAUUCCGAAGGAACAGAAGAACAACCUUUGGACAUAGGAGAAAAUUAUGUAGUCCAAAGAUCUGCUGAUUCCUGGCAUCCUGCCGAAAUAAUUCAAACUAGAUAUAAUGACACAGAACAGCAAUAUGAAUAUUAUGUUCAUUAUGAUGGAUACAAUAGGCGAUUGGAUGAAUGGGUACCAAGAGGACGAAUUAUGUCUUCUAGAUUCAAUAUGGGGGAAGGUGGUCAAAAGAUGAACUCUGAAAAAGGUUGGAAAGAUGGACCAGUUGUUACAGAUUUAUUAUCAGAUAGUACAGACCGAAAAAUCACAAGAAACCAGAAAAGACGGCACGAUGAAAUCAACCAUAUUCAAAAAAGUUAUGCUGAGAUGGAUCCCACAACAGCAGCUCUUGAGAAGGAACAUGAACAAAUCACAAAAGUUAAAUAUAUAGAUAGGAUUCAAAUUGGAAGAUUUGAAAUUGAUACAUGGUAUUUUAGUCCAUAUCCUGAAGAGUAUGGUAGACAGAGCAAACUUUGGAUAUGUGAAUAUUGCCUGAAAUAUAUGAGAUUGGAAAAAAGUUAUAGGUAUCACAUGAGCGAGUGUACCUGGAGACAACCUGUUGGAAAAGAAAUUUAUCGUAAAGGCACUCUUUCUGUGUAUGAAGUUGAUGGGAGAGACCACAAAGUUUAUUGCCAAAAUCUAUGUCUCCUUGCGAAGUUAUUUUUAGAUCAUAAAACACUUUAUUUUGAUGUUGAACCUUUUCUGUUUUACAUAUUAUGCGAAGUUGACAAACAUGGUGCCCAUGUUGUUGGAUAUUUCUCAAAGGAAAAAGAAUCUCCUGAUGGUAAUAACGUUGCCUGCAUUUUGACAUUGCCCCCUUACCAAAGACAAGGUUAUGGAAAAUUGCUCAUUGCAUUCAGUUACGAAUUAUCAAGACUCGAAGGCAAUGUCGGUAGUCCAGAACAACCUUUGAGUGAUCUUGGAAAAUUGAGUUAUCGCAGUUAUUGGAGUUGGGUUUUACUUGAAAUCCUAAGAGAUUUUAGAGGGACGCUUUCAAUUAAGGAUCUAAGUCAGAUGACUAGCAUAACUCAAACGGAUAUAAUUUCUACGUUGCAAAGUAUGAAUAUGGUGAAAUAUUGGAAGGGACAGCAUGUUAUUUGUGUAACACCGAAAUUGGUAGAGGAGCAUAUAAGAUCCAGCCAAUACAAGAGACCUCGUUUAUGUGUAGAUAACAGUGCACUCAGGUGGACACCACGCAGACACAACAAUAAAUUAAACAAAAAAUGAAUUGGAGUUUUAUUUUUUUGAAAAUUGACUGUUAUUGUUUGAAUUAAUGUGAUAAAGUUUUUUUCAUAGAAA